UUGUUGUCAAAUUCCAUGAAUUCAGAAUGACUGCUCCAAGGUGGCGGACAAGAUUUGUGAUUAUGGUCUGAUUCGAUUCAAAAUUUGUAUGUGGAGGUUUUUGGAGUCUAAUUAAACAUCAUAUGUUUUCAGUAUGAUUGCACGCAGGCGAACUCAGUGAAAAAACCGUGGAGGAGUUUUUGUAAUAUGCCGUUGUCACCGCCAGUACAGGAGCAUCAAGUUUCCACGUCUGAUGAGUCCACGCAGAACAUAACUGAAAUUACAAAUCGAGAAGAGAAUGAUGAAAAUGAACAUCACCAAGAAGAUGAAGUGUCUAGCGAAUCAGAAGACUGUGAUGAUGAUAUCAAAGAUCCUGACUUUGAAUACGAUAAGACUGACACUGAGAGCGAAAGCGAGAUCGAGGGCGAAAUCGAGGGCGAGAGUGAGUCUAUUGUUGAUGAACUUCCUGCUACUUCUGUCAACGUUAACAGCGCUAAUGAGGAGAGUGGCCGUAGUGAUGGCAAUGAAGAAGAUAUACUCAAUCAAAAAAAAGAUGAUGGUUCUUGUCAAACCGGUGUUUCGACCGAAUUUAAAACAAACGGCGAAAAGAGAAAAGGAAAUAAAACAAAAAACUUUUGUUUGUAUUGUUGUGAACCUGUGCUUAAUUUCUGUAGGCAUCUUAUUAGAAAUCAUAAAUAUGAAAGUCAAGUUUUGAAAAUUUGUUCAUAUUCUAAAGGAAGUAAAGAGAGAAAAGAGCUUCUGACAGUUCUGCGAAAAGAAGGAAAUUUCAUAAAUAAAAAUCAACAGAAAAAACCUAUGAAGAGACCUGUUACUAACGAGAAUAUCUUACCGUGCGAUAACUGUAAAGGAUUUUAUUCUUCCAAAACUCUCUGGCGCCAUAGACGAAAAUGCACAGGUGCUAUUGGUAAACAACAUCAGGUACGAGGAGAGAAUAUAUUAUUGAGAAACCUCAAAACCGAUACAAAAUUGAAGGAAACGGUAUUUCCGCGAAUGAUGUUAGAUGGAGUAUCUCGUGUUGCUAAAGAAGAUGUACUCAUUUGUGCAUUUGGUUCUAAAUAUUUGAAGACUCAUCGUGAUAAGCAUUGCGUCAAUAUUGUAUCGCGGAAAAUGAGAGAACUGGCAAAAUUACUGAUCGAAAUGAAAAAACAUAAUCCAGCUAUACAAAAUUUCUUUGAAGCUCUAAAUCCCGCUCACUUCGAUAUAUUAGUUGAAGCAGCGAAAUCUGUAGCUAAGUACAAUUCUGAAACAGAAUCUUUUGGAUCCCCUUCUUUUGCUGUAAACAUUCGACCUAGUAUUAUACAGUGCUGUGAAAUCGCUAUUCUGUAUGCCCUGAAAAGAAAAAGUGUGUAUGGAACUAUAAUAGCGGCAAAUGCAGAGGCAGAUCUGAAAACCUUGAUUCGAUUAGUAGAAAGUCAGUGGCAUAGCGAAGUGUCAUCCCAAGCCAUGAAUGAUCUUAACAUGAACAAAUUUAACAAAAUCACAAUUGUACCUCUGGCCAGCGAUUUGAAGUUAUUAAAGGAGUAUCUAAUUUCACGAAGCCAAAGUUCCAUCGAACAGCUGAGAACGGACUGUAAUAACGUUCCUGCAUUUAUAACACUUUUGGAGACAAUUUACUGCCGCAUCAUACUUUUGAAUCGCAGAAGACCGGGAGAACUGCAGCGAUUACCUUUACAUCUAUACGAAAAAGUUGAGACAAAUUCUUCGAAUUAUGAGGAAUUCUCUUCAGUUGUGACUCCUACAGAAAAAAUUUUGUUAGAAAACUUCAGAAGAGUGGUCAUAAAAGGAAAGAGAGGAAGAGGGGUGCCGAUUCUUAUUAGCCCCGAUGUUCAAGAAAAUAUUAAGGUUUUACUUGAUCUGAGGAAGAAUUUCAUAAACCCAAAAAAUGUGUAUUUUUUUGCUAAUGUAGGUACACUUCAACCUAUUUCUGGUUAUAAAGUGCUCAGAAAGUACGCUUCCAAUUGUGGCGCUAAGAAUCCAAAUGCGCUAACUGCCACUCGUCUUCGAAAACACCUAGCUACGUUGUGUCAAGUAUUCAGUAUGUCAGAAAAUGAUAUUGAACAACUUGCUACAUUCAUGGGACACACUGUUGGAAUACAUCGAGGAUCUUAUAGAAUGCCUGACGAUGUUUACCAAACGGCAACCAUUUCAAAAUUAUUAUUAUUAAUGGAAAAAGGUGAAGCCAACAAAUUCAAAGGAAAAACUCUGAAUGAAAUUGAUUUGAAUCUUGAAGAAAAUUUGUUAGAAAUAGACCAGGAUAAAGCAAAAGAUACCAUUGGAAGUGACGGCGAAAGUGAAAAUGAAGAUUUGAAUAUGCCAACAGAUCCUGAGGAAACAGCUCCUUCAGUUACCGAGAAACCAUCAAAUGAAUCAAAACAGUGCAAAAGAGUGCUGGUUCCUUGGACUGAUAAACAGCGAACUGUGGUUAAGGAUUUUUUUAAAACAAAUAUUGUUGGAAAAAUUCCUCCAAAAAAAAAUGAAUGUUUGGUUCUGAAAGAAAUGCAUCCUGACCUAUUGAAGAACAAAGACUGGUUAAAAAUCAAGGUCUUCGUUCAGAACGAGUACAUGAAAAAGAAGAAGUAGAUAUACUACUUUCAACUCAAUUCCUGUUUUUUUUUUUAUUUUGGUUUCUAUCAGUACAAAAUACUCGUUUGAAAUAUUGUUUGCAGAGUAAGCUUUUUGUUUUUUUAUUUGAAAAAUAAAAUAUGUGUAUCCCCCAGAUGGACCCAACCACAAAGUGACUGAAAGAAGUGCAAUGCAUGUAACUUCGCCAUAGAAGAGCCCAAAAUAAAAACUAUAUGUUUACAUGGGUAAAAAAUCAACAGUUUCUGUGUUAUUAGAAUUCGUUGGAUCGGCCUUGGUGCAUCCAUUGCGUGGCCAGCAAUAAGUUCUUCCAUAAUGAAAAAUCGAGGAGAUUGAAGUCGGACAUAUUGCUGGCCAUGAAGAAGGUGCACCAUGACCGAACCAUCAUUUCUAAUAUCUCGGAAACUGUUGAUCUUUUGACCCAUGUAUCUAUGUUUUUUUCUGUAGUUAUUAUGAACUCUUUUAUCGAUUAUCAAUAUUCAUUGUACUUUUUUCAAUGUCACACUGUAUACUUCUAGAAAGGAAUCUUCCACAGGUAAUGAAAAUGUUCUUAGUCUGAAGAGAUCUUAGCCACAUGCAUAAUGUCAACAUACCAUGGUGGAUGAAAAAUUGAAUAUAAAAUUGAGUCAUUCAUAAUACACAUCACUGUUUGAAAUAAUAUAUCAAGUAUGAGUUUGGGACAGCACGUGGUUCGACGUAGUUCAGUCUAAGGUCGUGACGCGAUCGUAGAAACUACUCUGACUGAACAACUUCGAACCACGUGCUGUCCUAAACGUAUCUUUGUACUAGAGGUUCAAAUGGCUUUUUUCAAUUGAAAUUCUUAUCUUCCUUGAAAAUAAAAGUACUCACCAUAAAAGUACUGAUCUAUUUAUGUUGUCUCGUUUGAUUCACCCUGUAUCGUGUAUUUUUUUGGAAUAUCGAGAAUGGCUAUUGACUCUCCAGAAUAAGAAGAAAAUUUGUAUGGAGUGAUUUUUUCUCGUGGAAUUUUAACAAAAUAAGGUUGUUCACAAAUAUGGUUAGGUCCUUCAGGUUGCUUUUUCUGAAACCGUAAAGAUGUUCUCACAUGAUAUUACUUUUGGUGUAGUAAUGUAGUGAUGUCAUCGUCGCA